AUGGACCCACACGCAGGCUUCGAUCCCAAGAACGAGCGAUUGCCAAAGAUCUUAGGCGAACCUGAACUGCCCCAAAGUGCAACUGCCGCCGAGCUGAUUAGCAAGCAUGGCGUUGACCCUGCCUCGCUCAAGGGCAUCAUUUGGUCCCACUGCCACGUCGACCACUACGGCAACCUGGACGACUACCCGACGCACGUCCCCGUUUACGUAGGCGAAGGGUCUCUCUCAUGGCUCAAUGGCGGUGACGAAGCUGAAGGGGGCCUUGCGUCGUUCCCCUCUCACUUCCUCACCGGCGGCUGGAAGUAUACCGAAAUCGGCGCCUCGAACAAGCAGUUCAAGAAGACAUCGAUUGGACCCUUCGAGGAGGCGUGGGAUUUCUUCGGCGACGGCUCCGCCUAUAUUAUAAAGGCUGAGGGUCACUGCCCCGGCCACCUCUGCCUCCUCGUUCGCGUCAACGACAACGGCGACUGGGCCCUGCUGGCGGGGGACGCAGCGCACAGUCAGUCCCUCUACUGGCCUGCGCCGCCCGCCCCCUACUCAGUGGAGAAGGACCUACGCUCCGUCCCCGGCCAAUUCAAAUUCUCACCCGAUGCAACGACAUAUUCGUGCAUGCAAGACUUCCCUGAAAAGGCAUUCAAGACGUUGAGCUCGCUCACUCGCCUCGAGAUGGAGAAGAAUGUCAUCGUACUGCCUGCUCAUGAGAUUGAGGCCACAAAUGCCGUCAACUUAAAGCUGGGAGGGACGUAUAAUCUGUCCGAAUACGGUCGCGAUGGGCUGAAGAAGAUGAAGGCCGACUUGGGGCAGAAGAGGCACGACGAGCUGCAGAAGCUGUGAUGGCGAACAGGGUGGGAGGAGGGCAGGGUGCGUGGAGGGAAACGCGCAUCUGUCCGCGCGGGCGUGUGAAGAUGGAGUCGGCCUAGACUCUGUCUGCCUGUCACGGAGGCUGCUGUCAAUGGGAAGAUUCGGACGUCCGAAGAAUGGAACGGUGUCUGAGCGUUCGGCGUGAGCACACCCAGAUUAAGGGCCGAACAGGGAACACAAAGCGGACACGAGGGUGUGAUACCGCCAAUAAGCCGCGCUUCCCGCGCUAGUUGUGCUAGCCGUGAG